GGAGGCAGCCGCGGCAGCCGGACGCGAAGGGCUGAGGCUCCCCCGCCGCCCCCCCGGUGCCUGGGCCGGGGAUGGGGAACGUGGAGAGCGCGGACGGGGAGCCGCUGCCCCGGAGCCCGGGCGGAGCCCCCCUGGGGGGGUCCGGGCUGCUGCCCCCGGGGAAGAUGCCGAUGCCGGAGCCCUGCGAGUUGGAGGAGAGGUUCGCCCUGGUGCUGAGCUCCAUGAACCUGCCCCCCGACAAAGCCCGGCUCCUGCGCCAGUAUGACAACGAGAAAAAAUGGGACCUGAUCUGCGACCAGGAGCGGUUCCAGGUGAAGAACCCUCCCCAUACCUACAUCCAGAAGCUGCAGACCUUCCUGGACCCUGGCGUGACUCGGAAGAAGUUCAGACGGAGGGUGCAGGAAUCGACCAAAGUGCUGCGGGAGCUGGAGAUCUCCCUGAGGACCAACCACAUUGGGUGGGUUCGGGAGUUUCUCAAUGACGAGAACAAAGGCCUGGACGUCCUGGUGGAGUAUCUCUCCUUCGCGCAGUGUGCUGUGAUGUUUGAUUUUGAGGGUCUGGAAAGCGGCGAGGACGGCGCGCUAGAAAAGCUGAAAUCCUGGAGCAGAUCCAUCGAGGAUCUGCAGCACCCCAUAACCCUGUCUGCCCCCUUCACCAACAGCCUCGCCCGCUCUGCGCGCCAGUCCGCCCUACGCUGCAGCACCUUGCCCAGCAGGAAGGCGCUGAAGAACUCGCGGCUGGUGAGCCAGAAGGACGACGUCCACGUCUGCAUCAUGUGCCUGCGGGCCAUCAUGAACUACCAGUACGGCUUCAACCUGGUGAUGUCCCAUCCCCACGCCGUUAACGAGAUCGCACUCAGCCUGAAUAACAAGAACCCCAGGACCAAGGCCCUGGUGUUGGAGCUGCUGGCGGCUGUCUGCCUGGUGAGGGGAGGCCACGAAAUCAUUCUCGCUGCCUUCGACAACUUCAAAGAGGUCUGCAAAGAGACGCACCGCUUUGAGAAGCUCAUGGACUAUUUCCGGAACGAGGACAGCAACAUCGAUUUCAUGGUGGCCUGCAUGCAGUUCAUCAACAUUGUGGUGCACUCAGUGGAGGACAUGAAUUUCCGGGUGCAUCUGCAGUACGAAUUCACCAAGCUAGGCCUGGAGGAGUUCCUGCAGAAGUCACGGCACACGGAGAGCGAGAAGCUGCAGGUGCAGAUCCAGGCCUACCUGGACAAUGUCUUCGACGUUGGGGGGCUGCUGGAGGACGCGGAGACUAAGAAUGUGGCGUUGGAGAAAGUGGAGGAGCUGGAGGAGCACGUCUCCCACUUGGCGGAGAAGCUGCUGGAUCUGGAGAACGAGAACGUGAUGCGCGUGGCGGAGCUGGAGAAGCAGCUCCUGCAGCGGGAGAAGGAGCUGGAGCUGGUCAAGGAGACCUUCGAGAGCACGACUCACCAGGUGCACACGCUGCGCAGGAUCAUCAAGGAGAAGGAGGCGGCUUUCCGGCGGCACUGUGACUCCUGCCAGCCCGGGGAGCCGGGGAGCGACCCGCUGCCGCCCCUGGAGGGUGAAGGAGACGUCCCCGACUACGACAUCUGCCUCCCGGCCUUGCCUCCUGUGGAGGCUGCCCCCCCGCCCCCACCUCCCCCACCCCCUGUGCCCCCGCCAGCCCCACCACUGCCAGACAAGUGCCCCCCUGCCCCUCCGCUGCCUGGGACCUCGCCCUCCGUCAUCCUCACCGUGGGGUUGUCAGCCAUCCGGAUAAAGAAACCCAUCAAGACCAAGUUCCGCCUGCCCAUCUUUAACUGGACGGCCCUGAAACCCAACCAGAUCAGCGGCACCGUCUUCAGUGAGCUGGAUGACGAGAGGAUCCUGGAGGACCUGGACCUGGAGAAGUUCGAGGAGCUCUUCAAAACGAAAGCUCAGGGCCCAGCCAUGGAGCUGGUCUGCGCCAAGAGCAAGGCCUCACACAAGGCGGCCAGCAAGGUGACACUGCUGGAGGCCAACCGGGCCAAGAACCUGGCCAUCACGCUGCGCAAGGCGGGCCGCAGCGCCGAGGAGAUCUGCAGAGCCAUUCACAUGUUUGACCUGCAGACGCUGCCGGUGGACUUCGUGGAGUGCCUGAUGCGGUUCCUGCCCACGGAGGCGGAGGUGAAGCUGCUGCGGCAGUAUGAGAAGGAGCGCAAGCCGCUGGAGGAGCUGGCGGACGAGGACCGGUUCAUGCUGCACUUCAGCAAGGUGGAGCGCCUGGCGCAGCGCAUGGGCAUCAUGGCCUUCCUGGGCAACUUCCACGAGAACCUGCAGAUGCUGACGCCGCAACUCAACGCCGUCAUCGCUGCCUCGGCCUCCGUCAAGGCGUCUCAGAAGCUAAAGCACGUGCUGGAGAUUAUCCUGGCCCUGGGCAACUACAUGAACAGCAGCAAACGCGGCUGCGUCUACGGCUUCAAACUGCAGAGCUUGGACCUGCUGCUGGACACCAAGUCGACAGACCGGAAGCUGACGCUGCUGCACUUCAUCGCGCUGACCGUGCGGGAGAAGUACCCGGACCUGGCCACCUUCUGGCAGGAGCUGCACUUCGUGGAGAAGGCAGCGGCAGUGUCCCUGGAGAACGUGCUGCUGGACGUGAAGGAGCUGGGGCGUGGCAUGGACCUGAUCCGGCGUGAGUGCAGCAUUCACGACAACAGCGUCCUGCGCAGCUUCCUGGGAGCCAACGAGGGCCGGCUGGAGAAGCUGCAGAAGGACGCCAAGACGGCGGAGGACGCCUACAACACGGUCGUGCGCUACUUCGGCGAGAGCCCCAAGACGAUGCCCCCCUCCGUGUUCUUCCCCGUCUUCGUCCGCUUCAUCCGCUCCUACAAGGACGCAGAGCAGGAGAACGAGCAGCGAAAGAAGCAGGAGGAGGUGCUGCGGGAGAAGAUGUUGGCUCAGGAGGCCAAGAAGUUGGAGAAGAGGAACAAGUGGCAGCAGCAGGAGCUGAUCGCGGAGCUGCGCCGGCGCCAGGCCAAGGAGCACCGGCCCGUCUACGAGGGCAAGGAUGGGGCCAUCGAGGACAUCAUCACAGACCUUCACUCCCGGCCGCUCCGACGGGCCAACGCCGCCAGCCGGAGCCUGGACCCAUCCGUGGCUGGGCCUCUCCCCAGGGGCCUCUGUCCUGCCCCUUCCGCCCCCUGCCCCGACGCCGCACUGAAGGACCAAAGGGACCUCGGGCGAGGCUGGCUCUGUGCCUUGGGAAGUGCCGUAGAGCGACAGUAUUAGCGAGUCCUGCACCCCCGGGGCAAGGAAGGAGCCAGGCUCGCGGACGGGACCGGCCGGCACUCCACUUCGGCACUGCCGGGGUUGGCAGGCGCGGGAACCCCCCGGUGGCAGCAGGACACUGGCAGAUGCAGAAACCCCUGGUGCUCGGGCUCAAGCGGCCGUGACCCUGGGUCUGGGGGCCCCGCCCCGGCCCUGUGUUCUGAGUCUUGGGGGGCAGGGUUAGACCAAUUUCCCCCCCCCACGCGCGCACACAUCCUGCUGGCGCUGUGGGCAGCAGGAGCCCCAGUGGGUCUCAAGCCAGCGCAGCCCGGGGGGGCUGGGCUGUUCCAACCUUUAUCAGCUCCUAGCAGCAGCUGCAGCCAGCCCGCUCCCUGCCCUGCCCUGCUCUGCCUCGUUCCCAGCCACUCGGAAACACUCCAGCCCACGGCAGCAUCGGCGGCAACUGGCCCCGCGGGGCAGCCCCUGGCCCCUGCUGGGGGAGCCGGCCCAGCCUGCGCGGCAGCCGUGACGUUCCAGCAUCAAAGCCAAACAGCUCCCGGCCGGGCAAGUGCCCCGGCCUUCCUCAGGCACAACGCCCCCUGGAACGGCAAGGCCUGACCCCCCAGCCUCAGCUGGAGCUACACCAGCACCAGGCUCGCGGCCCCUUGCACCUCCCAUGGGCUGAUUUCCCAUCGCUGGCCCUGUGCAACACGUGGGGGGUGCCAGGGCUGGGUACGGCUGCCACUGGCCAUGUGCUGGAUCCGGUAAUGCUGUGCCUGGGGCCUUUCCUAAACCCCAAAGCCUUCCUCCCUCUCUGGGCCAGCCCAGCCUGCUGUGUGCUCCCAGGGCAGCCUCCUGCCACGCCCGGCCGCUGACCGGUGCCUCCUGCCCAGCCGCUCCAUGGGGCAGAUGUGGCCCAGCGGGGGUGGAGGCCAGGAUCUUGCAGGGAGUUGGGUACCAGCUGGACCUGAAUUAUCUUCACCCCUGAAGCUGGAGUAACGCCAUCCAAGCUAAGGCCUGAGCCGCCACCGCACCAGGGGUGUUCUCCCAACCCUGCCCCCCCGGUAUCGAGCCGUGAUGCCUCCUCCUUGCCGCGCCAGUCUGUAGCACCUCAAAGCCAGGCCUUAAAGGUGGGCUGGGGCCUGGUUGUAACCUGCCCCCAUUCUCAACAAACAGUGUUAUUCGCUUCUGUAGGGAAAAAGCCAGACCAAAUACUAAGUGCAGUGGGCUCUCUGUGAGGUGCCCUCACGUGGCCUUCGCACCUGUCUCCUUGUCAAAGCAACGGCUGUAAUCAUCCUUCUCCUGUGUUCUGCUCCGCGCCAACUCGCUGGGCUCUGCCAUGCCUGGUGCCUCUCUGCUCUGACCUGGGCCUGGGCACCCCCCACCCCCCAGGAGCGUCUCUUGGAGGAACUGACACCCCCCCCGGCCCACAGCCAGUACAGGGCACAGGGCUUGCUGCACGUUGGUUGGACACAGUAAUGAAAGGCCCCAGUGGGCCCUGAUCCAGCCACCCGAACCAAACAAAAUCUGUUGAGCAUUCAGGGUGUGAAAGAAGUCUGUGAUUUUGAGAUGGGAACAUGUCCCUGCAGUGGCAAACCAGUUUCAGCUCCAGCUGGGGGGGAGGGGGCAUGUAAACACCCUGGCAGCAGUGCUCGUGGGCCUUGGAGCACACGUGUUGUGGCAACCACUAAACCAAAGACGCUCACCCCACUGUCACAGCCGUGGCACAAGGCCUCAGCCCUGCCUGGAAGAGCUCCUAAUCCACGUGCUAGUCCUCUUCUGUGGCCAGCAGCUUGAGAGGCUGUCCCGAACCCCGUAAGGGAGCUGCGCUGGGAAUCAGCCCCCCACCACACCCACCUUUCCCACCCUGGGCCCGGUUAUUUUUCAGAGCAGACCAGCACUUUACCCCACACACUUCCUGUCUCACUCGCAGCCCUGGGCGUUGAGCUCCUGCUCCGUCGCCCGGGGCUGCACCAACACUAUUGGAACGAAAGGGACCAAGGCCCAGGCGGUGGCUGCAGCGGGGCUGCUGCCUGCCCCAUUGUUUACAGCGUCGCCGUGCCAUUAUCGCUCUGUAGCUAGGUGUGACUUUUUGUACAUGUGAAAUAUACUGACUGUUGUAUGCAGCC